AUGUCUUGUCCAAACUGUGCCAAAGGCGACUUCCUACCGGGAGAGCCGACAGGAUCUAUUAGAAGUGAUUUCCAAAACGCUUACCUUGCUCCAGCUCCAGAAGGAGAUUCGUCUUCCUACGCCGUUCUGCUUCUGACAGAUGCUUUUGGCCUGCCUUUGAAAAAUUGCAAAAUAAUGGCAGAUGAAAUGGCCAAGAGACUUCAAUGCGAUGUUUGGAUAUCCGACUAUUUCAAUGGAAGGCCUUUGAUACCAGUCAAUGCUAUGACUCUCCCAGAUAAGCCUGGAGUGAAACUGAGUACUUGGGAUUGGAUAAAAUUCUUCUUUACGGUGAUCCCAAACAUACCAACAUUCAUAAGCAAUAGACCAUCUGUUACAGAUCGGCGAGUCGAGUCGCUAAUACAUUCUCUGAAAGAAAAAAAGAAAUAUAAAAGCAUUGGGGCAGUGGGAUAUUGUUUCGGAGGAUCUACAUGCGUGCGCUUUGGUGGAACAGGCUUGGUUGACAGCGUUGUCGUUGUUCACCCCGGUAAAUUCUCUCUGGACCAGGUCAAAGCUAUAAAAGUUCCAACAGCAUGGGCAUGCGCAGAAGAGGAUAUGUGGUUUCCUGAUACACUUCGUUCUGCCGCUGAGGCAGAGUUCGCAUCGAGGAAAGGAAAAGAUAACUUUGUAGAAUACGAAUUCAAAGAGUACAAGGGCACGACCCAUGGGUUUGCCUCUCGUCCAAAUGUUUCAAUCCCAGAAGCAAUAGAAGCUCAUAAAGCCGCCCUUGAUCAAACUAUCGAGUGGUUCAAGAAAACGCUAGCCUAA